UAUUUUUGGCCAAAAGUUUUCGCAAAAAAAUGUCCCAGACAGACGGCCAGUUUAAUUUUCCAAAAGAAGAAGAAAAAAUCCUAGAAUUUUGGCGUGAAAUUGAUGCUUUCAGAACACAAAUUCGAUUAUCCGAAGGAAAGCCUUCCUUUUCUUUCUAUGAUGGACCUCCUUUCGCAACUGGAUUGCCCCACUAUGGGCAUUUGUUAGCAGGCACAAUAAAGGACAUUGUGACCAGAUACGCUUCAUUAACAGGACAUUAUGUUGAGCGCCGAUUUGGUUGGGAUUGCCAUGGGCUUCCAGUCGAACAUGAAAUAGAUAAAACUUUUAACAUUAAGGGGAAAGAUGAUGUUUUGGCGAUGGGUAUAGAUAAAUAUAAUUACGAGUGCAGAAGCAUUGUCAUGCGGUAUGCUGAUGCUUGGCGAGAAACAGUAGAACGCAUUGGUCGAUGGAUUGAUUUUGAUAAUGAUUAUAAGACUCUUAAUACAUCUUUUAUGGAAAGUGUUUGGUGGGUUUUCAGCCAACUUUAUAAGAAAGAUCAAGUAUAUCGUGGAGUUAGAAUUAUGCCUUUUUCUACUGCUUGUACAACUCCGAUUGCAAAUUUUGAGGCUGCUCAAAAUUACAAGGAUGUUAAUGAUCCUGCAAUUGUCGUUUCUUUUCCAUUGGUUAAUGAGCCUGAGACUUUAUUACUUGCCUGGACAACAACUCCGUGGACCUUACCUAGCAAUUUAGCACUUUGUACACAUCCUGAAUAUGAGUAUAUUAAAAUCAAGGAUGAGCUGUCCGGACGAACAUAUGUACUUUUAGAAAAAUGUUUGAAUGUGUUAUAUAAGGAUCCGAAAAAAGCAAAAUAUACUAUAGAACAAAGGUUCUUUGGUAAAGACAUGAAAGGAUGGGAAUAUAUUCCAAUAUUUGACUAUUUUGUUUCCCAGUUUAAAGGUAGAGGGUUUAUUGUUUUAAAUGAUACAUAUGUUACGGAUGAUAGUGGAACAGGAAUUGUGCACCAAGCUCCAGCAUUUGGCGAAGAGGAUUACCGUAUAUGCCUCGAAAAUAAAAUUAUUACUGAAGAUGGGUUCCUUCCGUGCCCAGUUGAUGAACAAGGUCGUUUCACUCAAGAAGUGGCCGAUUUUGCCGGAAUCUACGUUAAAGAAGCAGAUAAAAACAUCCAAAAAAUUUUGAAACAAAAAAACCGGUUAAUUAUUCAAUCUCAAUUGAAACAUAGUUAUCCUUUUUGCUGGCGUUCAGAUACGCCGUUGAUAUACAAAGCUGUUCCUUCGUGGUUUGUUAGAGUCAAACCAAUCAUAGACAAAUUACUAAAAAAUAAUAAAGAAAGUUAUUGGGUCCCUGAAGCUAUUAAAGAAAAGCGAUUUGUUAACUGGAUCACAAAUGCACGUGACUGGAACGUUUCUAGAAAUCGUUAUUGGGGUACUCCGAUUCCUCUUUGGGUUAGCGAUGACUAUGAAGAGAUUGUUUGUAUUGGUUCGUUAGCAGAAUUAGAAGAAUUGUCCGGAUGUGAUAAAUUAACUGAUAUUCAUCGUGAAAAGGUUGAUCAAAUAACUAUUCCUUCGAAAAAAGGAAAAGGUCAACUGAAAAGAGUAGAAGAAGUUUUUGACUGUUGGUUUGAAUCUGGCAGCAUGCCGUAUGCACAAUGUCAUUACCCUUUUGAAAAUAAAGAAAGAUUCGAAUCCUCUUUUCCCGCUGACUUUAUUGCAGAAGGUUUAGAUCAAACACGAGGAUGGUUUUAUACUCUUAUGGUAUUAUCAACGCAUUUGUUUGAUAAACCUGCAUUUAAAAAUUUGAUCGUUAAUGGUUUGGUCUUAGCAUCUGAUGGGAAGAAAAUGAGCAAAAGUCUCAAAAACUAUCCUGAUCCCAUGUUUAUCAUUAAUGCUUAUGGUGCUGAUGCAUUAAGGUUAUAUCUUAUUAACUCUCCAGUAGUCCGUGCUGAACCAUUGAGAUUUAAAGAAGAUGGAGUUAAAGAAGUAAUUUCAAAAAUAUUUUUGCCUUGGUAUAAUGCCUAUAGAUUUUUCAUAUCACAGGUGGCCCUUCUUCAAAAGGAAUCAGGCAUAGAAUUUCUUUACAAUCCAUUAGCAAAGAAAUCAACAAAUGUUAUGGAUAAAUGGAUUUUAGCAUGUUCGCAAAGUCUGAUAAAAUUUGUGAGAGAAGAAAUGAAAGCAUAUCGUUUAUACACGGUUGUGCCUCGGCUACUUGGUUUGAUUGAACAGCUGACAAACUGGUAUGUUAGAUUUAACCGCAAGCGCCUGAAAGGAGAAAAUGGCCCUGAAGAUACUAUAGAUGCUCUCAACACACUUUAUGAAGUAUUAUUUACGUUAUGUCGUUCUAUGUCUGCAUUUACUCCUUUCCUUACCGAAUAUAUGUACCAAAGAUUACAGAAAUAUUUUCCAUCAUCCGGUACUAAUGAGGAAGUUCGUUCAGUGCAUUUCUUAUCAUUUCCAGAAAUUCGAGAAGAAUAUUUUGACUUAGAGAUUGAAAGAAUUGUUUCACGUAUGCAAGCAGUUAUUGAAAUGGGUCGCUAUAUCCGCGAGAAAAAUAAUAUUGGUCUUAAGACACCAUUAAAAGAACUGAUUGUCAUCCAUUCAGACUCUCAAUAUCAUUCUGAUAUCCUCUCAUUGAAAAAUUAUAUUAUUGAGGAACUGAAUGUUAAAAAUCUUGUCGUCACAUCUGAAGAAGAUAAAUUUGGUAUUAAAUAUCGAGCAGAAGCAGACUGGAAAGUAUUAGGUCAGAAACUGAAGAAAGAUGCUGUAAAGAUUAAAGAAGCUUUGCCUAAAUUGACUUCUGAACAAGUCAAAGAGUUUGUUAAAAAUGGAGAGAUUACAAUUAAUGGGAUCAAAAUUUUUGAAGAGGACUUACAAGUAGUCAGAUACUUUGAGGAUGCUAAUAGUCAUUAUGAAACAAAUAACAAUAAAGAUGUUUUGAUCCUUUUGGAUAUCCAAGUUUAUCAAGAUUUGCAGGAAGAAGGAUAUGCACGAGAAAUUGUAAAUCGUGUGCAAAGACUCAGGAAAAAGGCAGGGUUGCAACCUAUCGAUCCAAUUUUAAUGUAUUAUAAACUUACAAAGGAUACUGAAAAUCGGAUUGAAAAAGUUCUACAAUCUCAAUCAGAUUUUAUUGUUAAAGUUUUGAAACGUCCUCUUUUACCUAUUUCUGAAAAGUCUGAAAGUAGUGAAAUUAUUAUAGAAGAAGAACAAGAGGUUAAUGAAUCAACUUUUAUUUUAUUUUUUAUUAAAGAUUGGUAAUAUUUUUAAAUAUAAAAGCAACCAGUAUUUAAAUCCAUCCAUCGUAAUGUAAUUUUUACUUACCAUUUAAUGAUGUGUCACUAUCCAUUGGAAUAUAAUAAAUAUAAUAUUUUAAAUAGUUGAUUAAAAAUUUUUAAAAAAUUAAGAUUUUUACAAUAAUUAUA